AUGGGGAUCACGAUGAAGACACAGAGCGUAUCUCCGCGCCGGAGCGUCGUACUUACUAAGGGCGACUGGCUCGACGUGAUGGAUCAAGACGGAGUGUGGAACGUCGCGCGAGUGCUUAGUGUGCCGUCGUCCGAAGAGGUUGAAGUCAUGUACGACGGUUGGCCCGAGGAAUACGACGAGGUUGUUCGCGUGGACAGCGACCGCGUGGCCCCAUACCACACAUUCACAUGGGCUGUCAAGUGCUGGGUCAAGUAUCUCAACUGGCCUUUGUGGCCCUCCGUUUGUCAGAUUACAAUUCGCACGCCUGGAACAAUAGCCGGCAUCAAGAAUCUUACGCUGGAGAACCGCCUGUACGUGGAUUUUCUGGAAGACGCCACAUUUGCCAAUCGAGACCGCUGCUGGCAGAAAAGACGCCAAGUGCAGCUAUUUGAUGGAAACUUUGACAAAAAUCGGAAAGAGACGAAUGGCGCGCAGUUUGAGCUCGCGCUUGGGUCCGUUCUCCAGUCGGAUGCAACUGCAAAAAUGCCAACGUUUGCCAAGGGCACGCUGCCAUUACAGUACGAGAAUACAACGACCGAGUCGGUCGAAAGAAUGCGCAAACUCAUGGGCAGUAGACUUUGGUACCGCAAUUUUAACAAUAACAGAGAGCGCCACUUGAAGACACACAAGUACGAGACGAUGGGCGAUGAAGAGGACGAAUAUUCCAGUGAUGAAGCUGCACCGGUGCUAAAACUGAAAGUCCGAAGACCAAUAACAUCACCACCACGGGACGAUCAAGACUUAAAGAAGAAGAAGCGUCCAUUGCCUGCGAAGAAGCAGUCGGUGGCGGUGAAAAUUGAGCAGGAACCGCUGGCAAAAGUUGGACUUGGCAGCAGUGAUGACCAGGCGAGUGGAGGGGAGCGUAGUGCUGCACUGACGAAGAAGCGACGACUGCGAAGUAAAGGACGCUCAGCUGUGUCUCCCGUGACUCGUAAGGAGAUGACACCGACGAAAGGGAAGCGGUCGAGCUCUCCUGAAGACACCAACUUAGCUUCGAGUAUGCCACGGCAUGUUACGGUACUAAUGGAUGAGAUUAUUGUUGACGACGAUGAAGACAGUGGGGACGAUGACGUUCAUCGUAGAAGAGUGGCGAGGAAGCCUUCGAGAUCGCCUAGAAAACAAUAUGCAGAGAGCGAGGAAAACGACGCGUUCUUGGAGGAUGAGCCCUCUCGGAAACACAAGAUGAAGACAAAAACUCCACGCUCUGGUCGUCAACGAGUCCGACAGAGACAAACAGAGAAAGUUAUACCUCACAACCGGAAGGCAAGCAGCGGUGAACCUACAGAACCAGCCAUUGGGCGCAGAAAAGGUGUGUUCUUGACUGUCGAAGAUUCUUCCCUGUCGCUGAGUGAAGACAACGAUGAGAACAUGCAUUCCGAUGGCUUUGACCCGGGUUCCAUUUCUGAAGCCACAAGUCCGUUAGCCAAUUCCCAAGACAGUUUAGUAUCAGCGCUUUUGGCUGCCAAAUCGAAGGCUGUCGAACGUUUGAAGAUCAACUCGGACGACAAAGCGACAGUAGGCGAUGCCAAAGUAACUCCUCACUUUGUCAAGAAAAAAGGCAAAGAUGAAGUCGACUGGGAAGAUGAAGAGAAAGGAGCUCUAAGAGACGCAGCGAAGGAAGUGGAGCGACCAGAUAAAGCUCUUAAGAAGUCAGUGGCCAGUAGUCAGUCGAAGCACGCAGAAGACAGCAAGCAAGACACGGAUUCUGAAGCUGUCGCUGCUCCACCGAAGUCAAGCAAGAGCAAGCCACUGAAGCACAGCAAACCCCCGCUGUCUCUGAUUGAGCAACGCAUUGCGGCUGCCCAAAAGGAAUUACGAAACUUGGACAGGGAGAAGAAAGAAGCGGCCAAAGCUACUGCGCCGAAGCGAUCCAGUUCCUCGUCAUCUUGCUCUCGAGAUGGGUCGCAGCCAAGUGCCUCAAGAGCAAAGAAAGCACACUCGUACCAGCCAAAAAGCUUGGCGUUUUCAUUUCUCCGGGUCGAUGACAAGGUUAGCGGCUCCUCCGUUGUUCCGGGCGGUCAAGAAGAUAGAUCACCGAUGCUUGAGUUUUCCUCUAGCCAACAAGGCCACUCGUUUCUGUCAGUAGAUCAAAGAGCAGACAGCUCCGACCGUCCCGAGUCAAGUACAGUUGGGGCUUUAUUUGACGAAGACACGGCGCUUGACUUCCAUAGCGAUUCCAAGGAGACAACGGAAGAAAAAGCCGAGGCGAAAUCCCUACCAGAGGUGGAAAACGCUGCACGUGCGACCGAGGGGAAUGGAGACGAGAAGAAAGAAGACGAAGAUGAAGAGAUGUCUGGACGUGUUUGUAUGAUGCAAGCAGGCUUAGAGGGUAGAUUGGACGAUGACGAGGAGCAGAGUGCUCAGCCAAAAACUAUGAAGAAGACGGUGAUUAGCGUGCCGAGAAAGUUUGAUGAAGCAGCGCCUGAUCCUACGGAGUCGAGAUGCCUGGCUCCCAACUUGCGAGAGGAGAAAACUCCAAUGACAAGUCAAAGCGGGGAUGAUGAGGAUUUCAAGGAUACUCCGGAAUGCAAACGACGACCGCUGUAUACGGUCCGACAGCCACCUUUGAUUCAGCCCUUGAGGUUGUCUGCGUUCACUCAGAAGACGUGCUCUCAACUCGGAAUUCCUUCGGACGAUCUUGCCCAUGAGUGGGUUGUGCUGUUUCGAGCGAUCAGUGGCGGGAAAAUAGGUGAAGGCAUGCCACUUCAGAUCCCUGAUACAGUUCUGCUCAGUCCAAGCGGGUACUUCAUCGGCUUUCGAGUCUCCCCGAAAGCGAUUCUGGAAGCAUUUGAGACGCCUCUGCCUUCUGAACGGCAUAUUUCCUCCUGUUUGGACGAUAUCAUUGCUGUGUGUCGUAUUGGCUUUGAGGUGGAGAAGCUUUCUCGACGGAAACUUAAAGGAUAUGGAACUCCCUAUCAUCAGCAUACCGUCGGAGUUGUCGUCUACUUCUAA